UCCAAACUCGCACGCUUCUUCCGCGGGAAGCUUCUCGAAGCCUAGGUAGGGUUUUGCGCUCGCUUCGCUUCCAACCCACCCAUGGCGGGCGUCGAGGCGGCACUGCUUCCUCCGCCACCGCCGCCGCCGCAGGCGAGGUGGGCCUCCGUGGCGGCGACCCUGCUCCGGCUCCUCGCGCUGGCCGCUGACGUCCUGGUGUACGGCCUCCUCGCCGCGAUGUGGCUGAACAACGCCGCCUUCGCCGCCGCCAUCUUCUCGCGCUGGGCCAGCGGCGAGGGCUCCACCACCGUGGCCAUCUUGUCGUGCUCGGCCAGAGGCGAGGGCUCCGCCGCCGUCGCCGUCGCCGCCGCCACGAAGGUCUUCUGGGCCUCCUUUCUCGCCGUGGGGGUGUUCUUCCCGUUUGCUGGCCCUCUACUGAUGUGGCGCCUUGGGAUCGGGCCUCCGCCUCCCCCCGAGACCCGUGAGAGUGGGAGUGGAGGACGCGCCGCCGCGCAGCGUGGUCGUCGUGGCAGCACUGGCCCGGCGAGCCGCCGUCAGGAGGGAGGCGGGCGACCCGUCGCCCUUCUCUUCAUGUUCUUCUCUUGGUGGGUCGCGUUCGCCGGUAUCCUGCUGCAAGAGCUCGCGCCUGAGAAGGCGUCCUGUCAGGAGAAGGUUGGCUCCGUGCUUACUGACAUCGGAGGCUUCGCUAACUCUGUUCUGGUGUGCUUCGUUUUUUUCCCCGACUUGGUGAUCUUCCUGAUGAGGGAUUCGCGGAGGUGAAGUGUGCCGGGAUGGGAUGGCCAGGGUGCCGUGUUGAGUUCUGGAACACAUGGUUUUUUUGUGUAGUACAAAGUGCUUUGAGCUGUUUCUCGAGAAAUCUGAUGUGUGACUGCAAGAAGCUACUACCUGUUGCAGUUUACCUUCUGAAGUGCAGUUUUACCUUCACGAACUUCAGUUUUGAUUUUAUUUGGAACGUGAACUCAAAAUGCUCUGCAUAUGGGCAUAUGGCCGUCUUUAAACCCUACUGAUGUAUGUGACAUUGUGACCUGCAUAUGACUGAUACUACGGCAACAUGUUUUUCUGCUGUAAUGGUUUGAUAACCACUCCUCAUCUCGGUUGAUUGCCGACAUUGAUGUGUUCCUUAGCUCAUGUCAGCAACUGCCUGUCACUAAAUCAUGAUCUGCUUUGCUGAAUACUAGAAGGAAUAUAUCUUAAGCUUAAUUAUUACUGGCAA